GCGGGUCCUUCCAUGGGGUGGGGGGAGGGGCGGGGGCCCAUGUGACCGGCUCAGACCGGUUCUGGAGACAAAAGGGGCCUUAGCGGCCUUAGCGGGACAGGCCGUAGCGGGAGGGAACGAAGCAUCGAGCCGGCCCGUGAGCGAGAUGCAGCACCGAAGUUUCUUCCUUCUAGCCCUUGUUGCCCUCUUGGCUGUCACGACCGCGGUGGCCAAAAAGAAAGACAAGGUGAAGAAGGGCAGCGAGUGUUCGGAGUGGACCUGGGGGCCCUGCACCCCCAGCAGCAAGGACUGCGGCAUGGGUUUCCGCGAGGGUACCUGUGGGGCCCAGACCCAGCGCAUCCAUUGCAAGGUGCCCUGCAACUGGAAGAAGGAGUUUGGAGCCGACUGCAAAUACAAGUUUGAGAGCUGGGGGGCGUGUGAUGGGAGCACUGGCACCAAAGCCCGCCAAGGGACCCUGAAGAAGGCUCGGUACAAUGCCCAGUGCCAGGAGACCAUCCGCGUGACCAAGCCCUGCACCUCCAAGACCAAGUCAAAGGCCAAAGGUCAGCGAAUAUUGUGGGGCUGUGGAUCAAGCUAGUGACUUCAUGCUCUCUGCAGAACAGUCUUCGAGUUAGGAAUGGGCAGGUCCUUGAGGGUCACUCUCUGCCCAAGUAGGAACUACUCUUUCUGUUGGGUCAUUCCAUCUGGUUCCUAGAAAAGGCUUUUCUUUGUCACCUGAGGAAGGUGGGGUGGAGUUGGGAGGAGUUCACUCUGUGCCACUCUGUGCUUAAAACUGUAGGAAGGAUGUCCCAAAGGGACAUGCUGCUACUUGACUCACAACAGCUAUUGAGGCCAACAGGGCAGAGGUUACUCUGCCCACUUCCCAGGUGAGGAACUUGAACAUACUCUGAUCCUGGAUGAAAAUAAAAAGUUGAAAGUCAGACUUGGUGGCUAAUGCCUGUAGACGCAGCACUUCAGGACGGAGGCAAUAAGACUGCCGUGAGUUCAAGGUUACAGCCUGAGACCUGAGACUCUGUCUUUAAAAAAGGGAGGAGGGGAGGGGAUUAAAAAGUUGAAGGAAUAAAGAAAGGCUUGGCAUCACAUGGCUGCCCUUUCCCACCACUUCCAGGUUAACUGAUCCGUCACCACUAGGGGGCAGGAUUUUCUCUCCUUGAUGGAUUGUGCUGUCCGGAGAGUUUGAGCCAGGUCACCCACCACACUAAUGUAUUUCUUUAUUGUUUUCCAGCCAAGAAAGGAAAAGGAAAGGACUGAGUCAGGAGGCCAGAGAGUUUCUGGCCUGGGACCUGAACGGAGCCCUCCUCUCCCACAGGCCCAAGAUGUAACCCACCAGUGCCUUUUGUCUUCCUGUCAGCUUUGUCAAUCACACCCUUUUACUCCUGCCCCCUCUUGCUACACCUAGUACCCAAAGUGGGGAGGGACAAGGGAUUCUGGGAAGUGAGCCUCCCCAUAACCCCUUUUGUUUCCCCCACCCUGAUACCUGUUAUCGAGAAAUGAAUAAAAUGAACUCACUUUUUUUCCAAUAAAA